AUGGCUGGCACUGGCAGUGGCAGGCAAACAAGAGGCCGGCAAAGGAUACCCAUGAGGCUUAUCGAAAACCAGGACGACUUAUACGCGACGUUUUCAAAACGACGUCGUGGUUUAUUCAAAAAAGCUUGCGAGCUAAGCACAUUGUGCGGGGUCGAUUUGGGAAUAAUAAUCUUCUCCCCAACCAACAACCCUUUUUCACUAUGGCAUCCAUCUAUGGACUCCGUAAUCGCGAGAUACAGAAACCCGUUGCAAAAUAAUGCAGUGAGGGAUUCAGACAACAUAAUGCACGAAAGAAUUGGAGUUCUCAACAGGCAGUUAGAUGAGGUGUUGGGCCAAAAGGAUGACAUAAACGAAGCGGAAAAACGGCAAAACGAGAUGAAUCAAACACGAGAGAAAGUGUGGUGGGAACAAGUCGAGGUCGAGAGAGUGCAAACUGAUGAGAAGAAGUGGUUAAAAGAUAUGAUUUCAAAAAUAAAAAUCCGUAUUAAUGAGUUGGAAAAUGGAGGCUCGGGCUCAACGCCAACUGGCCCUAGUCCAUUUCCUCCAUUUAUAACUCAAUUCAACUAUUAUCCUCCAAAUAUAAACAUGUCAAUUGGAGGUCAUCAUCCAUUUGCAAGCCUUUUCUCACAUUUUCCCCCGCAAACCAACCAAGGAUCGUCUUCUCAUUUCCAAAACUAUCCUCAUCUGAAUGUGCCACAUCCCGCAAAUCUCUUUUCUUUCCCAUUUACCUAUUUUCCUGUGCAGGGACAAGGCCCGUCAGCUACAACUAUACAAGCAUCUUCUAGGGUGGCUGGUGAGCCAUCUACAGGCCGUGCUGAAAGUGGAGCUCCUGAUGUGGGGAACAAUAAUCCUAAUUAG